GGACCGUUCGUACGUGUUCUAGGACUUUGGAUCGUACCAUUGGCGCGUGUGAAACAAGCAUCGAUAAGACUGCGUAGUAAAUAGUGAUAAUAUUGAAUACAUCACAUCAGCUUUAUAUAGUGCAAGAUGGGAAACAUACAUACCACAGGGCCAAAUGAAGCAAUGGUGGUUUCAGGUGGCUGUUUGGGAGGUACAAACAAGAGAACUAUCGUGGGUGGCUGGGCCUGGGCCUGGUGGUGUGUUACAGAUGUUCAGAGCAUCAGUCUUGAGACCAUGACCCUGAAUCCGAUGUGUGACCGAGUGGAGACGGCACAAGGUGUGCCUCUCACCGUCACUGGGGUGGCCCAGUGCAAGUUUAUCAAGCAAGACGAGAUUCUGAAGCUAGCGUUUGAACAGUUCCUGGGCAAGAGUGUGCGCGAGAUCCAGAAUACCAUCCUGCAGACGCUGGAGGGACACCUUCGUGCCAUUCUCGGCACGCUGACGGUGGAGGAGGUGUUCAAAGACCGUGAUCAGUUCGCGGCACUGGUGCGCGAGGUGGCCGCGCCCGACGUCGGCCGCAUGGGCAUCGAGAUCCUCAGCUUCACCAUCAAGGACGUGUUUGACAACGUCGACUACCUGACGUCGCUGGGCCGGCCGCAGACAGCCGCCGUGAAGCGGGACGCCACCAUCGGCGUGGCCCUUGCCACGCGCGACUCCGGCAUUCGGCAAGCCGAAUGCGAGCGGGCAGCCAUGGAUGUCAAGUACGGCACGGACACCAAGGUGGAGGACAGCACUCGCGCCUUUAAGCUGCAGAAGGCGCAGUUUGACCGCGAGGUUAACGCGUCGAAAGCUGAGUGUGAGCUGGCGUACGAGCUGCAGGCGGCCAAGGAGAAGCAGAAAAUCCGACAAGAAGAGGUCACCAUCGACGUCAUCGAGCGUCGCAAACAAAUCGAGGUGGAGACCCAAGAGAUCCAGCGGAAGGAGAAGGAGCUGCAGGGCACCGUCAAGCUACCCGCCGAGGCGGAGAGCUACAAGGUGGAAGCUAUCGCCGAAGGAAAACGGUUCCAGACAGUGGAGACAGCCAAGGCGGAGGCGGAGGCUCUCCGUCUGAUCGGUCAGGCCGAGGCCACCAGCAUUGAGGCCAUCGGACGCGCCGAUGCUGAGCGCAUGCGCAUGAAGGCGGCCGCCUACAAGCAGUACGGCGAGGCGGCGCUCACCGCCAUGGUGCUGGAGGCUCUGCCCAAGGUGGCGGCCGAGAUCGCCGCGCCGCUCGCCAAGGUGGACGAGAUCGUGCUGCUGGGCGGCGAGGACCGGCUCACCUCGGAGAUCAGCCGACUGGCCGGCCAGGUGCCGCCCGCCGUCGCCGCGCUCACCGGCGUCGACCUCUCCAAGGUUCUGAGCCGCGUGCCUGGGGCCCAGGUGAAGGCAUAGUGUGCCGCCUGAUGGCGCGGCCGAACGCCAGGUAUGCUGUGCCUUCUUGUGCCGCCGUCACACUGCCGCCCGCAUAACAACACACUCGAAACGGCGCCGAAAGUCGGCCAUCUGGCGUUCGAAUCGCUUCAAGACUGCGCACGUUGAGUGGUGUCAGUCGUUUCUCUUCGGAUCGUCACACUUUUAUUCAUAUAUAUGGUCGGCGUUUGGACUGAGCCGCCUGUCUAACCAAGAAGUCUCGAUGCAGGUAUUAGCGGCCUGCUGCAAGUGCCCCAUAGUUUGCUGCCUGCGGCUGGGCCAUUAGAAUAAGGAACAAGGAGGAGGUCAUCACCGUCCCGGCGGCGUGUUAGCUGUACAGAUGGGAGUGGUGGGCCGUCUGGAAAGGCGUCUGCGCCCUCUUCUUGCUUACUAAGUCAGGUUCGAUUAGGCUGGGCAGUUUAGUAUAAGUAGUGAUGCGAUCAUCUAGAUGCAACGGUGCCAGUGCUUGGCUUAGAACUACAACUCAUUGGAGGUCGUUUGCAUCAGUGUAUGUGCGCGUCGCGCCUGCACGCGCGCGCGCGUGCAUGCAUCGGCGUUGACGCGUGCGGGCGGGCGGGAGGGCGUGCGGAUGGAGCAGUCGUGCUUGGAAGAGCGAGAGGUGGCGCCGCAGCCGUGCCACUUUGUGCCAGACCAGACGGCGACACCGUCUGCUGCUGACGACAGGCGUGCCGUACAGCGGGCUCCGGCUUCGGCCGCGGCGGCGCGCUGUGCCGCUGCCCUCGCUCCGCCGGUACCGGUAGGAGCGGACUGACUGCGCGCGCCGUCGCUCCGGGUGCCGUACGCGUGCGUUUGACUCACUUUGUGCAGUGUCCGCGCACGUGUUGGUGGAGUGUUCCGGUCCCACCGUCUACCUUAACACCUGUAUAUAGACGAGCUGUUCGCCCCGGCCAGCUCUUCUGUUCGCUGUCUGUGUGCUUCCUCACUGCCUCCGCUGAGUCCCUCUGUGCCUCAUCCCACAGGGGAUGUCUGCUUUUUCUGCACUCUAUCCUCUGCCUGUGUGUUUAGAUGUGCGCCGUGGUCCAUCUACCCGGUCUGGUCGGAGGCGGUGAUGUGUCAUAUCUCAGAGGUAGUUGACGGAGCUGGGCCGCGUGCCCCUGCCAGAGGUGGCAGCUCCGCACCACACUGCACUGGUGCACGGAGAGCGGGCGGGGUGGGGACACUGUCUGGCCAUGGGCGCUACAACCCAGCGCGGACGUGAUGUCCUAGCUCAUCGGGCUUGACUGCUCUCGCGGGCCCACCCUGCGGUCCUUGUUUUCUGUGGUUUACCACGGGGUCACAUGCCUAGUUCAAACAAUCUUCAUUGGCAACAAGCUACGGACGCCGCCGAAAAGCGCGUCUGUCAUGGCAAUACGUCGUCGAGGGGGUCAGCGGCGGCGCCUGUGUGGCAGCGCCCUCCGCCAGGGUCAGCGGUCCGUGCCGGUGCGGCGACGCCGCUGUACAGAGUCGGGUGGGCGCGCGGUACCGAUCCUUGCGACGGGCACCGGGACGCGCCGCUCAGGCGUCGCCUCCGAAUGACCUCAAAGGCCGCGGUCGGGGCAUGCGGUACCUGAUUUGUGUUCGUCCAAAGUUACGUGUAUUGCGCCAAUUUGUCAGGGAUCAGCUCUUUGGCUUGCCCUGUCUAUUCCUUCUGCGUAUCAUCAUUUGGAUGAAAGGGUAUUUUCAGGGAUUUCACUGUAUGCGGAUAGUUUAAAGGCGCGCCUCUGCCCGGAGACCGAUCUAUUGACCAUGGUGUUUGGGAGCUGGUUUUUGCUGCGUUCGCUUGAUUCCGCUCUCAGGCGGUUGUCACGAUUCUGCUCAUUUUGACUCUUGUCGAUAUCGUGAAGUGCUUGCACUCCUCCUGUUAUUUCGAUCUGAUCGAUACUUUUAUGGAGGCUUUUGAUCGAUAGACCGAUAGAAAUACACAUGCUUGGAGUUCGGAGUUUCCGACCUCUGCACACCAGCCAGGCUGGUUUAGUGAAGCAAUCACCAAGUCAUCAGCGGUGAUUUGGUUAUCAUAAGCCAUUAUGUCGCGUAAGUUUAUGUUUGUACUCAGCGCACUGUCUGCGUGGUUUCGUAGGACGUAAUCAAUUAUGUGUUGUACUCCCGCGUCGGUCAGUGUUUUGUGUGAUCUUAACGAGCCCGGACCAGCGCGAUUCCUAGUACAAUAAACAGCGGUCGC